AUGCAGGAUUAUCUCGAUAGCGGACACAUGGAGGUAAUUCGCAAUCCAUUCCCGUCGGAUGGCCACAUUUAUUAUUUACCGCACCACGGUGUAUAUAAACUCGAUAGCACUACCACUAAGUUGCGGGUAGUGUUUAACGCGUCCUCGCGCUGCUCGAACGGUCUGUCGAUCAACGACACCCUGCUCAGCGGUCCGAAGCUGCAACAAGACCUGCUCGCCAUCCUGCUUAGGUUCCGCGCCGAAGCGAUCGCUCUAACCGCGGACGUGAAGCAGAUGUUUCGCCAGAAUUGGAUAAGCCCGGAGCAAUGCGACUACCAACGUAUCGUUUGGCGCUUCUCGGAGUCGGACCCCAUCCUAGACUAUCUCCUCAAAACCGUUACGUUCGGCUUUACCGCCUCCCCGUUCUUGGCGAUCUAUUGUUUGCUCCAGUUAGCUCAUCAAUACCGCGAGAAAUAUCCUCUAGCGUUCGCAGCCCUACUCGAGGCGCUCGCCGGCUUCGAGCUUAGAAAGUGGUCGAGCAGCCAUCCUGCCGCGCUGGAGGGCCUCGACACGCAGUUAUGUAGCCAAUCAAUGUUAGAUUUCGAGUCAAGCGAAGAUCAAUCUCAGAAGAUAUUGGGCCUUCGGUGGCAUUCACAAUCUGACAGUUUCGGGUUUCAAGUCAACGCGUUGGAUCGUGAGUGCACCAAACGCACUAUAUUGUCGGAAGUAGCGCGCAUCUUCGACCCCUUGGGUUUUCUGGCCCCACUCACCUUUACCGCGAAGUGCUUAAUUCAGCGUCUGUGGACCCUUAAAUUAGAUUGGGAUGAUGAGCCACCGAUGGACAUUCGUCGCAGUUGGAACCGUUUCCAGACGGAGCUCGGCGUGUUAUCCUCCCUUCGCGUUCCUCGCGCGUUUAACUCGUGCCAUGUAGUUCGUUGCGAGCUCCACGGGUUCUGCGAUGCCAGCGAGUUGGGGUACGGAGCCGUGAUUUAUCUGCGAAUCGUUACGCGCGACGGCGUCGUGGUCCGCUUACUGUGCGCCAAGUCUAAGGUCGCCCCGCUUCGCCCCCUCACCAUUCCCGGUCUGGAGCUCUGCGCGGCUCUGUUCUUGUCCAAAUUAAUCGCGUACGCCCGGCGCAUCCUCCGCGGACACAUUGACAUUGACGACGAGUAUGCUUGGACGGAUUCCGAGGUCGCCCGGGCCUGGAUCUGCUCAGCACCACAACGGUGGAAGACUUUUGUUAGAAAUCGCGUUGCCCUCAUUCAGGACAACGUGCCGGUCUUAGCUUGGGGCCACGUCGACACGGAGUCCAAUCCGGCGGAUCAUUGCUCCCGAGGACUUUACCCUCGUGAUCUGGUGGCCAGUUCGAUGUGGUGGGCGGGCCCUGAGUGGCUUGUUCGCUUCGAACCCCGAGUUGAACCUUCCCACAGUUCGGAAACCCCUCCGACCGAGGAGGAGAAAAUCGUAUCGCUCGUGGCGCUCGAUCCGCCUGACGCGGUCGAGGCCGUCUUGAAUUCCAGACCCCUCUGCCCGAUGAGCACCAACCCUGCCGACCUCGAAGUCUUAUCACCGGGUCACUUUCUCACGAUGGAACCGAUCGUCUCCGUUCCCACUCAAGACGUGACUCCGUUACCGAUGAAUCGUCUGAAUCGAUGGCAACUCGUCACAAAUACACCAGGACUUCUGGAAGCGCUGGCAUCAGGAGUAUCUCCAUACGCUGCAACAGCGUCCUAA